AGGGAGGCAGUAUAGAGCUGCAGGGGAGAGACGGUGCUCCGGGGAAGCACGGAGGGGCGGCAGGUAGGGCCGGGCCCCUGGGGCCUGAAUAUUGCUGGAGCCCAGGCACCACCAGCCAAUACAACUCGCCGCCCCUGGUUGUCAGUUUUGCUAAAAAGCAGAAAAAAAUGAUUUUUUGACCCCUGACAAACCACCUUGUUCUGCUUUACUCUUUCACUUUCUAUUUUAGCCUUCCUACGUGCUGGAGAAAAGAACAAAUUCUGCAGCCAUUGAACAAGAAUUAACAGAAAAUUGCAUGAGACCAGACUGAUACCCAACUGAUUCUCUUUUCCAAAAUGAUUUUGCUUCAUAGCCUCACUUUAAUUCGUUAAUUGUGAGGCACCUCCUGGACUAGGGGUCCGUAUAACUGACUGUAGAGAAGCUGGAGGACAGCAAUUCUGUAACCACUGAGAAGUGUCUCCCGGUUUCAUAAGGGUCACGCUCACUGACUCACUCACCCAGGGCUUAUGUGGUCAUCUGGACAUCAGGGAGAUGGAAGAUUCCUCGAUGUCCUCCGGCUCUGUGAGGUCACUGCCGCUGCUUGGCUUCACCAUUUUCCUCAUUUCUCUUCACAUUCACCGGCUGGACUCAGUGAGUUUCAAGGUGAUUGGACCCGAUGGCCCCAUCAGGGCACUUGUGGGAGAAGACGCUCUGUUACCCUGUCACCUCUCCCCCAGGAUGAGCGCUGAGAACAUGGAGGUGCGCUGGUUCCGAUCCACAUUCUCUGCAAUUGUCCAUCUCUAUCGGGAUGGGAGAGAUCAGGUUGGCCAGCAGAUCGCAGCGUAUCGAAGCAGGACGAAGCUACUGAAGGACGGUAUUGCUAAUGGGACUGUCUCCUUGAGGAUACACGACAUCACCCCCUCUGAUGAAGGGACUUACGGCUGCCUCUUCCAAUCACCCACCUUUUACGAAGAAGCUGUGUUGGAACUGGAGGUGGCUGGUCUGGGUUCCACCCCUCACCUUUCUGUCGAUGGCUAUCAGGAUGGAGGGAUCCACGUGGUGUGUGAAUCGGCUGGAUGGUAUCCGGAGCCCCAAGUGCUGUGGAGAGACCUCAGUGGGCAGCGACUAGCGCCAGUGAUGGAGAAAAUAUCCCAGCAGGCUGACAGGCUGUUUGAUACUCACAUUGCUGCUGUUAUAACAGAUGCUUCGAAACAGAACCUGUCCUGCUCUGUCAUCAACCCCCGUCUCGGCCAAGAGAAAACAGCGAAGCUGCACAUAGCAGAUGUGUUCCUCCCAAGGACCUCUCCCUACCAGGUGGCUCUGUCGGUGACCCUGGCUGGUGUGUUUUUUCUCAUCCUUUUGGCCAGUUACUGCUUCUGGAAGCAGCACAGAGCAAAAGACACUGAGCAAGCUGAACUGAAGAAAAAGAUACAAAAUCUGCAAUCUGAACUGGAGAAAGAGAGAGAGAUUCUGCGCUCUGAGCUGGAGAACGAGAGAGGGAAAUCCCUGGCUGAACUUGGCUGGAGUAAAGUCAGCAAACAUGCAGCGAUGGUGAUUCUGGAUCCGGACACAGCUCAUCCCAGCCUCCUGGUCUCUGAGAAUCAGCGAUCUGUGAAAUGGAGGGGCCUGCAGCAGGACAUCCCUGACAACCCCGAGAGAUUUGACAGUGAAACCUGCGUGCUGGGCUCGGAAGGGUUCACCUCGGGGAGACACUACUGGGAGGUAGAGGUCGGGGGUGGUAGGACCUGGGCUGUGGGGGUGGCCAGAGAGUCUGUCAGGAGGAAGGGCUGGAUCAGCUUUUCUCCUGAGGAGAGCAUCUGGGCCGUAGAUCAGUGUGGGAGCCAUUACCGGGCUCGCACCUCCCCAGAGACCCUCCUUCCCCUGACUGCGAGCCCCGGGAGGAUUGGGGUGUAUCUGGACUAUGAGCGGGGCCUGGUGUCAUUUUAUCAUCCUGGUGUGGAGGCCCCGAUCUACACUUUCGCCUCCUCUUUCACUGGGCAGCUCCGCCCUUUCUUCUGGGUCUACUCCCCAAUCACGCUGUGUCCCUGAGAUAUGGCAUGUUGGGAUAGCACCUCUCACUGGUCAAAGACUUUUUUGUUCUGUUGUUUUUCUGAAAUGGACUAAUUUUUCCUUUUUAAAUAUUUUCAUUAAACAUAAGAACGUCCGUACCGUGUCAGACCAAAGGUCCAUCUAGCCCAGUAUCCUGUCUACCGACAG